AUGAUCAAACAUAUAUCACCACUACUACUAUUCCUAGUGGCAACAACAUUGCUACUACAAGUGAUUGCUGCACAAAAGACUACACACUUUGUGUUGACAGCACCUUGUGUUGCAACACAGACCUGUCAACCAUUCACAGAUGCUAGUGUAUGGGACGAUCCCAAUGCACUGACCAAUCCAGAGCAGUAUACAUUCAUUGUUGAUCUGAGUGCCCUGACAACGCGUCUCGAACUUGAGAUCCUCACCAACGUCACCGUCUCCAACUUUAUAUGCACGGGCAUUUCAACCUCCAUCCUCGCCUUCAACUCAAGCUCUUCGCUAACGUCCGAUGCAGGCCAGAUCACAUUCAAUUCGAUUCAAGUCUCGCUUGCUGGCAACUCCUUCUUGGGUGCACCUACCAUCAACGUCGAACAGGGCGCUUCAGUCGUAUUGGGUGACAGCUCAAUGAUCAACUCGGUGAUCAACGACACGCUAACAAUUGGCACAGGCUCGACCGUGACACUAUUCCACCAAUCGUCACUGUUUGCUCUAAACAUUAAUUCAACAGGCACGCUUAAUGUUGAUGAUUUCGCCACGUUGUUGGUACUAGGCACAGCCAAUCUUACACAGAUAUCAUUGGGAUCGACGGGAAAGGGCAACUUCAACGUACUCUACCUCAAUGGUACCAGCAACUCCAUGCUUGGUUCAACCACAGUUGUCGACCUGUUCCUCCAAGAGUCGUCCCUACUCACCGUCGGUAAUCUAGCCUGUAGCAACGCCAACAUUGAUGUAUACUCCAAGAUCACUGUGAACAAUGGCCAAUCAUCGAUCCGUUACCUGGCCGCGCCUGCCGAUCCCACCCUCUCCUCGAUCUUUAUCGAUAAAAACAGUACAUUUACCAUUGGUGGCUUCCUUAGCCAAACCAUCACAACCCAACUCCUGAUUGGAUACGGAGACAACUUCCUCAACGUCAACAACGCAACCAUCACAGCGAUCAACACGACAGAGCCAUACAACAAGAUCGACACAUUUGUCCUGCAGACUGGCGGCUUUGUAGUCUUUGCCAACUGGUUCGACUUCAACGGUCAGGUGGUUGUACUGCCUGGCGCCACACUCGACGUGCAACACCACCUCUCUCCAACACUCUGCAUCGAAGCCUAUGGACAGGUAUACAUCCAUCGCAACCUCACCUGUGAGCAGGGCAACUACAUCCAACAUCCACACGAGGGAUCGGUGCUCAACCUGGUCGAGAAGCCACUUCUCUUCAUAUGGAAGCUGUUCAAUACCGGCCAGAUUGUCGUCCAGACCAAUGCAGUGAUCAGAGGCAACGUUAUCUCCAAUGGUACCAUUGAGAUCCAGGCCGAUCAGUCGUUGAACAUUCAAGGUUACAUCGACUUUAUCGGCUACGACUCGCUGCUCCAGAUCGAUGGCAUUGCCCCCAACACCAACCACUAUGCGCUAACCGUGCUCAAUGGCAUUGCGAUGAACGGAACGUUCAAGUACAACGUGUCCGCACCCCAACUCAACGACGCCGACGACCAGACUUACAAGCUGAUGUCAACACAGAUCGACUUUUAUGGCAACUUCUCAACGAUUGUUGCCGAUCCAUCUUUGAGCAAUUUCACAACGCUAGAGUACAAGGAGGAGGCCUACUCCAUCGAGCUGUUUAUGAAGGGUCUUGGACACCCUUCUGGCGCUGGCAAGGACUUUAUCAUCUUGUUGGCCGUCAUGAUCCCCUUGCUGGUGGUCACCAUCGUCCUAACCAUCGUCUUUAUCUACUACAGAAAGAACAAGCAAUACAAGUUCUACUCAAGAAUCCAGUAA